AUGGUUAUUUGUAAAUAUUUUCUUCAAGGAUGCUGUCGUUUCGGGCAAAACUGCAGAUAUGAACAUGUAUAUAGUUCUAAAUAUUCAUAUCAAGGAAACACUACCAGCACAAAUAGUAAUGUAACUGACGACCAACUUGUUAGCCAAGUGCAAUCUGACAUUCAAGCCGCUUUAAAUGGUGGACAAUGGAUACUCAGCUGCUAUGCCCCUUAUAAAGAAAAAGCUUGCUUUCCGGGUUUAAAUGAUCUUUCGCAGGAGGAAGCCAGACUUAUUAUAUAUGAAGCUAAGGCCAACCAAACAUUAGAACAAGCUGUAAUGUAUAUGAAUAAUUUAUUUAAAGAAGCAAGGCAUAAAUAUCAGCAGCUUUUACAACCUUCAGCAGUGAUUAUAAAAGUUUUACAAAGUAUAUAUAGAGGAGAACCAGUAUCUUCACCUUUUGAACUGGAAAAGCAAGCUUUUGGAUCCCAAGCGACAUCUUUAUUCCGUAAUGCUGUUCAGAAUGACCCCUUUCAAAAUAAUACUAGUACACAAACAAAUUCUGUCUUUUCAAGAUUGGGUACCCAAACUACAAAUACUUUCAACAGUGCCCCUAAAUCAAUAUUUGCACAAGCAGCUCAGAAUACUUUUGGACCAUCUCAACCAUCUAAUCUUUUUCCAACACAACCCCAAGAAAACACAGCAGCUAAAUCCCUUUUUGCCCAAGCCAGCCAAAGUGUAUAUGGGCAAAGUGUGUUUGCAGCAAACCAUCCAGCUCAAAGUGUUUUUUCUGUAAGUCCACAACAGCAAAAUCCUGCUAAUCCAUUUGGUAUACCACAGCAAAACCAGACUGGGAAUGUGUUUCAACAAAAUACUCUGAGUAGAACAGGAUCUGAUAUUUUUGGUAUUUCAAGAAAUGCAUUAGAAAAGGCUCCAGCCGAUGAUGAAAAUGUCUAUAGUAAAAUUGAAGAUUUGUCUGAACUAGACUUGGAAGCCUACAACAGUUCUGAGUUCAAAUUAGGCCUAAUACCAGAAUUACCACCGCCUCAUAUCCUAUGUGUGUAA